UCUGUCGUCUUGUUCUUUUUACAGACGGCGGUAUCUGCACCCCUUCCGUCAAACGCUCCUCCUUUAUCCGGACUUGCGACCGGCACAGAAGCCGCUGGAUUGCGGUCUCUAUGGUGGAGUUGAUUGUAAAGUAAUAAAGCGAUAACAAGCAAGCAAUGCUAACUUGAAGAUUGUUUUUUUUUAUACAACAACUUUCUGUUGUAUUUUAUAAUAAUGCAACACUUGAUAUUUAGAUAUUGACAUAUCACAGGCUAUGCUUCUGUUGCUGACCAUAAGCGUAAUCAUCUUACUACUUCUAUAUGUCAAACGAAAAUAUUUUACUCUACGUGGUUCUAUACCAGGCCUAGCACCACAUUUUCUCUUCGGAAAUCUUAUUCAAUCCGGUAUGUUGUGGGUGUGGGUGUGUGGGUGUGGGUGUGAGGUGUGGGUGUGGGUGUGGGUGUGGGUGUGGAUGUGUGGGUGGGUGUGAGUGUGGGUGUGAGUAGGAGUCUUCCUUUAGUCAUACCCACACCCACAUCUUAAGAUAGGUGUGAGCCUUCUUUGCACGCACACGCACACCCACACUUACACACAUCUCCACACACAUACCCACACCCACACCCCACACCCACCCACAUCCACACCCACACCCACGCCCACACCCACCCACACCCCACACCCUUCGAGAUACAAACAACUACAUGAGUUAUUGCGACAUUAUUUUGAAUACCUCGAUAUAAAUACUUUAAAAUGACUGAAGUUUUUAUAAGUUAAUUCUAUUCUGGAUGUACAACGUUUAUCUUUUUUUUUUCAUAAUUACAUUUGUUACAACUAAGUUGAUCACAGUACGUAACUGUAAUAAAUUUAUAUACAUUAACAUCAUCAAACUGUACUGCAGUCGAAAAUGGAGAGACGAAGCGUCAACAAUAAUAUGUGGAAAAUAUGAUUUCUCUUAAUUGUAUGAUGAUACUUCUUCAAGUGAGAUGAAUAAUAUCAUAAAGAUCUUUUACAAAUAAUGCAUUGUAUGCUUCAUCGUCAAAUUCCUUUCGAUCAUCUAUGUUCGUGAUUUUCGCUUCGAUGAUCAUUCUGUACGCUCACUAUAUAUACUGCAGGUAUCAAUUCAGAAUAUCGUCAAUAACUACAGUCAUCGAAGUGACGAUCGUUUAAAAGAGACAUCGUCGAAAUGUAAAUUAUCAAAUUUCAGCAAUGUGACUAUCAGCGACGAGUAUACUGACCGAAAUAAGAUGUCAAUUUUGUAUUAUACCAUACUUCUAUACUGCUAAUGCAUAUUCAAAAAUUUUAGAUAACUAAAUAUGUUUGUCGCAAUAAUAUUAUUCCUCUCGCUUCACUACAUUGAUUGUCAGUCAAAAUCUUAAACAAUUCCACUUGAUUUGAAUGGAAUUUUACAUCAAUUUCGUAAUUAUUAUUUUCAACAACAAUAUAAAUUGCCGAGUCUUGAUAAUUUACCAUAUAUCAAUUUUAAACCUGAAGAAUUACUUAAAAAUACAUUGUUGUCAAGUAAUAAAAGUAGUACAUAUGAGCAUGACAUUGAACUGUUAAUUAAAGCUGCAUUUCAUCAAGAAUUAUGGCCACUCAAAAUAUUCGAUUCAUGGGGCAAGCCUUUACCAUCUGGCUUAUUCAAAAGCAAUGUUUUUUGGACUGGUAACUAUGAUGAAUGUAUCAAAUCAUUAUAUCAAUACAAUAACAAAUCAUUUCUAAAACAACCUUUCAAUACUCAAUAUUGUAAUUAUGCACCUGCGUAUCCUAUUCAACAAGGAUUUGAAUCAGAAGAAUGUCGUAAUCAUUAUUGGUGGAUAGUCUUUUUUUAUAUUGAUAAUUUGAUUAAGCCAGAAAGUAUAUGUUUGAAUGUUUCAUGGUAUCUUUUCUAUGAUAUGCAAUUCCAUUGGAUUGCUCCACUCGCACUUAUGCCAUUUGUAUUAGGACGAAAGAAAAUAGCAUAUAUUAUUGCUAGUAUGCAUAUUUUUAUUCAUAUUGGUUCAACUUUAGGCCUUCUUCUUCACUAUCCUAAUCUCAAUCCAAAUAAUGUACGUAAUGCUCUUCAACAAUCUGCCAGUGCUAAUGAAUCGACCUCUUUUAGUGUUAUCUAUGUUAUUCGAUGGUGCCGGAUCCCAGCUUAUGCCAUACGACUUCUUACUGGUUUUGUUGUAAUUAAUACAGAUUCUACAUACUACAUAAAUAGGAAUAUUAAAAAGAUAGGAAGUUUUCUGGCGACAUUAAGUUUCUUGGUUUGUAUAUUUUCAAUGUACGGUGAUUACAUUUCAGUAACUGAUCUCAAUCGAGCAUCGAUUAUUGCUUAUGAAAUCUUCUCUCGUUCUGCUUGGUCUUUAGCUAUUGGAUGGAUUAUAUUUUUAUGUUAUUAUUAA